AUGUUCUCAGUUCGGAUACGUGAAUAUGAUAAUAUUCGGAGAUUCCUUACACCUAGCAUGCCACUACGGGAAGUUCACUUGGAACACGGAGUUGACUUAAGUAUUGCACAACGACAAGAUUCCGACAUCAGCUGUUUCAUGCGCGUGCUCGCUUAUCACUACGCCGCUAAUCUUGUAACAUUAAGUAUACACCAAUGGCGAACCGCAACACUACCGAUACAGCGAGUAGUACAAAUUAUGCCACAUUUGACUCGACUAACUUAUAUCGGUAGGGUCAACGCUACAGACCUGCGCAACGCCCUGUUAAUCGUCGCUUGUGGAGUUUGCGACAGUGAG